AUGGGUUUCGGCAUCAUCAACUUUGUUUUCGGUAUCCCUGCUUUCUACACUAUCGACUCGAUCGGACGACGCUCAUUGCUCUUGAUUACGUUUCCCUUGCUCGCAAUAUUUCAACUCAUGACGGCGAGCUCAUUUGCAGGUAACAACUGGCGCCUUGCACUUGCCGGGACGUACUUGUUUGGUAUAGCAUACUCCCCUGGGGAGGGUCCUGUACCCUUCGUUUACGCCGCAGAGAGUAUGCCACUUUAUAUCCGCGACCAAGGCAUGGGGCUUGUCGUCAGCAUCAACUGGCUCUUCAACUGGCUUAUCGCAUUCACCCUUCCACAGUUCAUCAAUGCCUUCCAUGAAACCGGAGCAUUCUACUAUUACUCGGGUUGGUGUGUGGUCCUUUGGUUCAUGAUAUUCUUCUUGGUGCCCGAGACGCGCAAUCUUAGCCUCGAGCAGCUCGAUCUUGUCUUCAGACACCAUUCGUCUCGACAAUUUGCCAAGAUCGCGAUGGACAAAGCGCUCUACAAUAUCAAGACCUUACUGCGAAAGAUCAAAAUCAUGCGAAGGUUGAGAGCUUUGCAAGAGGAGCCUAAAAGUCCUAGGCCUCUUUAUGCACCCGUUGUACCCGUGGUGGGCACGGAGGGGCCGGAGAAAUCGCCAUGA